AAGCGUUUCGCUUUGGAUCUAAAUGCAGCUGGUGAAAAGUGACAAGGUGAUUAUCACAUGAUCUAUUGAUGUUCUGACUUUACGUAGCUGUACGAUGGAAGUAAAGAAAAAUCUAUGACUUCCCCAGCACGUCUCAAACGGGCCUUCGUGCCGUUAGCGGAGUUUAAACGGCUCGUUCGCGAGUUGGGAUUUGACCGCGCAGGACAAUUAAAAGCCUGGCUUAAGUCAUCGGAGCGGCCACUAGAAGUUCCGAAGACGCCGCAAACUGUGUACAGAAAAGACGGCUGGGUUUCUUACGUGGAAGCGCUUGGUUUACCGCGGACUCAGCGUGAGACAAUCGAUCCAGAAGCGAUAAAGGCAUUACUGAGUGACCCCGAUAGGAACCUGAGCAGCAGAUAUGGAAAGAUUACGCGUGCGGAUGUCGCUAUUGCUUGGGUUGAGAAUUUCCUCAGUGACCUUGGCUACGAGACGAAGAGACUUCCGCGAGAGUUGCAGGGUAGUCUACUUCUGAGACAGAAGCAGGCACUUGGAUCUGAGAAAGCCGAUCUGACGGAACAAAACUCUGACAAGCCAGUUUCCGGUUCCUGGUUCGAGGGCAAGUGGUGGGCCCUGCAAGUACGCAGUGUUCACGGCUCUGCGCUAAAGACAAGAACCGGAGUCUGUGUUGCGCGAAAUCAUGCGUUUGCUGAGCUAGGCUUAGUCGUUGUGCAUCCAGAGGGACAUCAGGCGUGUGCAUUGCAUCUGGACUCGGUCAAAUUGAGUGAAGUAACCUGCGGCUACAAGAAAUGGCUACGAUUUUCUAUGCCGCGCCUUUUUUGUGUUGCCGAAGAAGCCGGGCGUUCCACGUUCUCAGCCGCGCUUCAGGACAUGCUAGUCCGCCUUCCCGUGAAGUCGCAGCGAGAAUGGUUGCUCGAACUUCGAGGGAACGCAGCAGCGGUGCGAUAUCAGAAGCUCUUUUCGCAGUUCCUUGAUGAGGUGGUCCUGCCGUGCGGCUUUGAAGUUUCCACGGAGUCGUCGCGACUCACUGACGCUCGCAGUUUUCUCAUUGCUGGUCGAAAAUGCGCAGCACACUCGUGUAAACGCGCGUUGCAUAGCGAGCGAGACACGCAGCUUCCGUUCAAGCGUACGCGGAUCGUGAACGGUCGGCAGAUUUUACUCCCCUUUGGAUAUGUGGAAGAUUUCGAUUUCCUCAUCGCUCUGAUCUACGAUGAUGAUACAGAGAACCUGGCUGGAUUUCUUGCGUUUCCGCGAUUUUACCUUAUCAAGUGGGGGAUAUGUGCACAAAACUUUGCUGGCGGGCAAACGGGGAUGACGUUGCACCCCCCUGGCAACAAGAGUCCAGCCGCCAUUAGAUACACUAAGUCUGCCGCAGCGGAGGAACAGCGCAAAUUCUACAUAGACUUGAGUCACACUAGUGCUGGUGAAAGCACACCAGAAGGUGAUACGACCACUAGUAGCAAGACAGACACUAGAACAGCAAACUCAAAAUCACAGGACAAUAUCGAGAAGUUUGGAAGAAUUAUCCUAGGAUCUUAUGGCGAAUGCAGCGCUCCUCCUCCUACUACUUACGCUGGUGUAUUCGAGGACAGCAAUUAAAUAUGAGACUACUUCGGGUGGCCGUGGCUCUUGUUGUGGCUGCCUGAUUACCGCUUCCUGCCGCGUUGGAGUGGGGUUGUGGUGUGAAGAGGUAAUGCCAGAGAAUCGGUUGUAACUCUAGGAACCACAAUCUAUUCAGAGAGCAUGAUUUUGAUCCACAAAUGGUGGCCCCAGAAGAAGAGGGAUGUGGUUGAAUCACGAGCCACUACACUGAAACACUUAGGCACGGACCAACUUUUGUUUCAGUACGGAUGUUAGUCUCAGGACAGCGCAUCUGAAGACUCGUUUCUGCUGAUUCAAGAAGAGGAUGAAGCAAGAACCGGUACGGUUAUGCCGGACUCGAGUACAGCAACAGCAAGGGCUUGUUCAUGGUUCUGCUUCUGCAUCUGCUUCGGAUGGAAAUUUCAUGCAACUAACAAACUUUCCUGGCCAGGGUGGUCAACACGGAUCUUCUUCGUCGCAUUCGCAGCAACAGCAGUAUGGCGCAGCUGGUAAUGCUGGAGGUGCGGGUGGGAACAUGACGAGGGGUCAUCUAUAUUGAAGGAUGGGUGGAAACAUCAUGCCGAGUGUAGAAAGGUCAGUGCUGGAUUCGAUCUAUCAUCUGUGGUUUUUUCGUCCGUAGAUGAAAUUUCUACAGGAAUCAUCUACGUAAAAGAUAUUUCAGGUUGUUUGGAAGUACCACGUAUAUUUAUCACAAUGGAGAUAUCAUGGACGAGUAUCUAUCCUCCUCGUAGUAAACAAGGAUAGAUGCCACAGCCUGAUUCGAUUUCAAACACUCGUAUUCACGCACAAAAAUGAACGAUUUGCUUACAAAACCGAGGGGAUUUCAAUUGUUAAGAUUCAUUGCACAAAGAUGAAAGCCUCAGGACCGGGCUUCACUUGUACAAACACACGCGCACUGUGAGAGUAUUCUCUCUCUCUCUUGGAUUCUCAUCAAAUAACGAGCCAGAAAACACAUCAAGAAAGGUAGGGUAAAU